UCCGCUUGGGACGCAGCUCUACCACACUCUUGCAAUUUCUUCUUUCCCUUUUCGCGAUCCCUCGCUCGCUUCGCAGCCUCGCUCCGGGUCACCUCGCUCCCAGCUGUUUCAUCUCUUCCACCCGGACGCCCAAACCAUGAAGGUUGCCAGUGGCAGCGCCGCGGCCGCCGCGGGCCCUAGCUGCGCUCUCAAGGCCGGCAAGACGGCGGGCGGCGCGGGGGAGGUGGUGCGCUGCCUGUCCGAGCAGAGCGUGGCCAUCUCGCGCUGCGCCGGCGGGGCCGGGGCGCGCCUGCCCGCCCUGCUGGACGAACCGCAAGUGAACGUGCUGCUCUACGACAUGAACGGCUGCUACUCGCGCCUCAAGGAGCUGGUGCCCACCCUGCCCCAGAACCGCAAAGUGAGCAGGGUGGAGAUACUCCAGCAUGUCAUCGACUACAUCUGGGACCUGGAGUCGGAGCUGAGAUCCGAAUCCCAAGUCGGGAGCCCCGGGAGCCGGGGACUUCCCGCCCGGGCUCCACUCAGCACCCUCAACGGCGAGAUCAGUGCCCUGGCUGCCGAGGCGGCAUGUGUUCCAGCGGACGAUCGCAUCUUAUGUCGCUGAAGUGGCGCUCUCCGGAACCGGCGGACCCCGGCCCUGCAGGGGGCGAGAAGAAAAAGUGCUCACUGGUGCUCCCAGGCGCCUCCCCAGAGUUGGGGAGGAGCCGGACUGAGAUCGGAGACCACUGAACAUUUGGUGGAUCCAGCCCUGGACUUGUGGGGGGGGCGGUGACUGACAGGACAGGCGAUGUUCCCUCCACACCUCCAGUUGCCAGAGACUUGAGUGGGGGGGGUUAUCCCCCGUGUGUUUCUAUUUUUUGAAAAGCAAGACAUUUUAAAAAAUGGUCACGUUUGGUGCUUCUCAGAUUUCUGAGGAAAUUGUUUUGUAUUGUAUAUUACAAUGAUCACCGACUGAGAAUAUUGUUUUACAAUAGUUCUGUGGGGGUGUUUUUUGUUAUUGUUAUUAAACAAAUAACUUAGAUGCUGAUAAA